AUGCCAGAAGCUCGGGCUGUAAGUGACACGUGUAAAAAAAAAAGUUGCAGCGACUCCGCUCCCUCCCAGUCGCACUCGGGUCUCAGCUCCGGACAAAUCUCAGCUCCGCGGCUCCCGGCAACUGCCCCGAUGGCUUCAUCCCUGGGGGGCAAGAUCGCGGGGUACCAGGGGCAACUGCCGGGCAGUGAGGUGCAGCCCCCCCAACUCCUGGAGCGGAUCCGGAGGAGCAGUAGGGACCCCUUCUGGUCCAGGUUGGAGUCCCGAGUCUGGACUGUGACCCUCCUGGCGGGGACGUGCCUCCUGUAUUGCGCCCGUGCCAGUAUGCCAAUCUGUGCCGUAUCCAUGAGCGAGGAGUUUGGUUGGAACAAGCGCCAGUCGGGCAUGGUCCUUAGCAGCUUCUUCUGGGGUUACUGCCUGACGCAAGUUCUUGGGGGGCACCUGAGUGACAAGGUGGGGGGAGAGAAAGUCAUUUUCCUCUCGGCACUGACAUGGGGUCUAAUCACGGCCGUGACCCCCCUGGUUGCUCACGUAACCUCAGUCCCUCUAAUUCUCGUCAGUCUCCUCCGCUUCCUGAUGGGACUGCUGCAAGGUGUCCACUUCCCUGCCCUGGCGAGUCUCUUCUCCCAGCGGGUACGUGAGGCCGAGCGCGCAUUCACCUGCAGUACAGUCGGCAGCGGCUCUCAGCUUGGGACUCUGGUUAUGGGAGGAGCCGGCUCGUUGUUGCUGGAGUGGUACGGCUGGAAGAGUGUCUUUUACUUUGCCGGGUUCCUCACCUUACUCUGGGGGUACGGCCUGAGCACCUACCUACUGAAGGAGAAAGAGAGGAUUGUGACUGUUGAGGAUCUGGGGAAGUGUUUUGCCGUCUCUGCCCAGACCAAUGGGCAAUGGAAGAAAUUGUUCCGGAAAUCUCCUGUGUGGGCAGUGAUCCUGGCGCAGCUCUGUGUUGCCAGCACGGCUUUCACUAUCUUCUCCUGGAUGCCAACGUUCUUCAAGGAAAAGUUCCCAGAAUCCAAGGGCUGGGUAUUCAAUGUUGUGCCCUGGCUCUUUGCUAUACCCGCUGGCAUUCUGAGCGGCCUCCUGUCUGACUCGCUCAUCACCCGAGGUUAUCAGACGGUCUGGGUCCGGAAGCUCAUGCAGAUCGUUGGGAUGGGAUUCUCCAGCGCCUUUAUGUUCUGCCUGGCUCACACCAGCUCUUACCAUUACGCAGUGGCUUUUGCCUCCGUGGCACUGGCGCUACAGACCUUUAACCACAGUGGUAUCACCGUUAAUGUGCAGGAUAUUGCCCCCAGCUGUGCCGGCUUCCUUUUCGGUGCGGCCAAUACCGGAGGCGCUUUGCUGGGAGUGGUUUUGGUCUACCUGUCCGGUUACCUGAUUGAAACCACGGGGUCCUGGAGCUCCAUGUUCCACCUUGUGAUUGUGGUGAACCUGAUGGGCCUCAUUGUCUUUCUGGAGUUCGCCAAGUCGGAGCGAGUGGACGCAGAGACCAUUCACGUGUAGCUGGGAGGUGCCACGGCUACGAGGCCACGGAACCCCUCUCAGACCUGCGCAGAGGAUGGAAGUGGAUUAAUGGUGAGGGGGGGUCAACCAAAUCAGGAUGCGUCUCCACCCCCUGGAGGGUUGAGCUUCACUUUGCCCCCUGGGGCAAUACUUUCCCAGCCGGGCAGUUGUACCCAGUAGGGCUGCGAUGGGUACAUGUAGCAAUGGUCAAUCCAAAGGCAGGAGAUGGAGUCUUCUUCUGAAGGACAGUGGCAAUAUGGUGGCCCCCAGGGGGCUGCUGGAUAUAACAGACAUGGCAAUAUGGUGGCCCCCAGGGGGGCUGCUGGAUAUAACAGACAUGGCAAUAUGGUGGCCCCCAGGGGGGCUGCUGGAUAUAACAGACAUGGCAAUAUGGUGGCCCCCAGGGGGGCUGCUGGAUAUAACAGACAUGGCAAUAUGGUGGCCCCCAGGGGGGCUGCUGGAUAUAACAGACAUGGCAAUAUGGUGGCCCCCAGGGGCCGUUGUAGGGGAACAAGCCCAAGUGACUGUAUUAUUUAUUUAUUUCUUGCACAUUCCCGCUGCUCUCCCCAUUCCAGCCAGGGUGCUUGGGUUGCUUACCCUGCAUUAUACCUUUAAUUUGCCCUGGUGAUUCCCAUAUAAGCUUCCUGAUUGGCUUGUUGGAAUUGGGCCCCUCCUCCUGACUGCUCCCCAUAGAGUCGGCACCGACAGAGCAGUUUCUCCCAGUUGCGAGUGGGAUUGGUGUGGCAGACCUUGUGCUCCACCUGCUGGUCAGUGCCAGACAUUACAGCAAAUCUCUAAAGAACCAAUGGCAGCUUCCCUGCCCAGAGAGACCAUAACGAGCUGACUGAAGGCAGUGGCUGCAGUAUAAAUACUGUAUAUAUAUUUAUUUAACAGGAAUAGAUUCCUUUCAUAGGGGAAAUCUCAGAUGUACAGUGUAAAGUAUUUAAUCCUGCCAACCAGGCACACAGGGGCCACUACUCAGGUCCCUAUGGGUACUUCCCUCAGCUCUUGCUGGGGUUACACACAACCAAAGCCUCUUCUCUCCUGCCUCUCAGUGAAACUGCCCCCCCCCCAUGGCCUUUCUACCGUUGUGCUCACACACUUCCUGCUGUGACUUCCACACUUCCUGCUGUA